GGUCCAUUUCCUCGUUGUAUAUUAAUGCAUAAAAUGGUCGAGUGGAAGCAGUUCGUAGCCAUAUCAAAUAUUGCAGAAAAUAUGGCUAAGGCAAAUGGUGAAACCAAUUCUGUAGUCUCUGAUUUUAUCGACUUCUUGAAUGCUUCCCCUACUGCUUUCCAUGCCGUUGAGGAGGCAAAGAAGCGUCUGGUAAGUGUGGGAUAUGAACAACUCUCUGAAACAGAGGAUUGGAAAUUAGAAGCCGGCAAGAAGUACUUCUUCACCAGAAACCAUUCAGCUAUUAUUGCUUUUGCAGUUGGUAAAAAAUUCGUAGCUGGCAAUGCAUUUCAUAUUGUUGGUGCACAUACUGAUAGCCCUUGUUUAAAGUUGAAGCCUAUAAGCAAGAUUACAAAGGGUGGAUUUUUGGAAGUUGGGGUUCAAAUUUAUGGGGGUGGGUUAUGGCAUACAUGGUUUGAUCGAGACUUAACACUUGCAGGAAGGGUGCUUUUAAGGGAAGAAAGUAAUGGUUCUGUGUCAUAUGACCAUCGUCUUGUUCGAAUUCUGGAGCCCAUAUUGAGAAUACCCACACUAGCAAUUCACUUGGACAGGGAUGCAGUUGCAUUUUCGGUGAAUACAGAGACCCAACUUCUCCCUAUUUUGGCAACAACUAUUAAGGGAGAACUGAAUAAAGUUGUUUCAAAAAACGAUGCACAAAUUGACAGAGAGAAAACAGAUCACAAGUCAACUCCUACUAGCGCAAAGCAUCACUCGCUUCUAUUACAACUACUUGCGGAGCAACUUGGCUGCGAUCCGGAUGACAUAUUUGAUUUUGACUUGCAAGUAUGUGAUGCUCAACCAAGUGUGAUUGGUGGCGCCAAGCGAGAAUUCGUAUUCUCUGGAAGGCUGGAUAAUUUAUGCAUGACAUUUUGCUCUUUGAAGGCACUCAUUGACAGUACAUCUUCUGACAGUAGCCUUGAGGAUGAGCCUGGUGUCAGAAUGGUGACUUUGUUCGACAAUGAGGAGGUUGGAUCUAAUUCAGUCCAGGGGGCUGACUCUCCAACAAUGCUUAAUGCUUUAUCUCGAAUUACGACUUCCUUCAGCUCAUACCCUUCGCUGGUUGAAAAAGCUAUCCAGAAAAGUUACCUGGUCUCUGCUGACAUGGCCCAUGCACUACAUCCUAAUUAUAUGGAAAAGUAUGAAGAAAACCAUCGGCCCAAGUUUCAUGGAGGACUGGUCAUCAAGAACAACGCAAAUAAUAAAUACGCAACCAAUGCAGUUACUGCAGCCUUAUUUCGGGAGUUAGCUAUAAAACAUAACCUUCCCGUCCAGGAAUUUGUGGUCCGCAAUGACAUGGCUUGUGGCACGACGAUUGGCCCCAUCCUUGCAAGCGGCUUAGGUAUAAGAACCGUAGACGUGGGAGCGCCACAGCUAUCAAUGCACAGUGCUCGAGAAGUAUGUGGUACUGAUGAUGUUGAUUACUCCUAUCAGCAUUUCAAGGCUUAUUUCGAAGAGUUCUCAAGUCUUGAUGUCAUCCCAGCUGAUAUUUAGAACCUUCUUUCUCAUCUUCUCAAUAAAUUCCCAAUAAUCUUGGGUAUCUCCAUAUUAGAAUAAGGGUUAGGAAUUUAAGCCUACCAUCCAUAAAAAACCAUUGUCAUGGUUAUCAUUAUGUAUUACCUUCCUCUACUGUAAGCAAUUCCAUUAACUACUGUCAAGACAUUAUAUCAAUAAAAUCAGAAGUCAAUGGAUGAACUAUCAAUUAUACAAUUGUAUCAAUCAUAAUAAUAACAACAAUAAUAAAAUAACUUUCCCAAAGAAUGUUGGGGCCAUCUGUUGAAAGCUCAAAAGAGAUGCUUUCGGCUCAAUGGAGAAUGGUGCCGAAUGAGGAUUCCAUGUGGGCUUGACUUUAAUGGGCCACAGGCCCAUAAUAAAUACAAGCCCAAUAGAACGUACUUGUUAUCGGCCAUGGGAUAAUCUAUAACGUCCUUCGGUGCCUUCUCUCAUAGUCAUCGGAACCAACGCAAGUGUAGGCAGUGAUACUGUGGUGGAGCUAUCGAGUCAAGAUUUCAGACAUGGCGGCAACGAAUGAAACCAAAUAGGAGGCAAAGAAGCGUUUGAUAAGCGUUGGAUAUGAACAAGUAUCUGAAAGAGCGGACUGGAAAUUAGAAGCCGGGAAGAAGUACUUCUUUACCAGAAACCAUUCAACCAUUGUUGCUUUUGCGAUCGGUAAAAAAUAUGUUGCUGGGAAUGGAUUUCAUAUUGUUGGUGCUCAUACUGACAGCCCUUGUGUGAAACUGAAACCGGUGUCCAAGGUA